CGAUACUCGGCAUACAAUUGAUUCCUAGGUAUAAACGCGAUACAACACAAAUCCGAGUGUGUUAUUUUGACACGUUAUUUUUAUGCGUGUCAAAAUAACACACUCGGCAGGUGAGAAUGCACUUGCCGCGGAACGUUUAUAUGCAGAAAGAUUUCCCGCGCGCGACAAACCCUCUCGACACACAAUUGUCUCGUGUAUUGCGAGAUUAAAGGCGACGGGAUCGGUCCUGCGACAUACACGAGAAGAAGGUGAAAGAGUGCAAAAUGUAAAUACUGAAGAGCGCAUUUUGCACGAAUUUGAGAGAGACCCCGGCAAAAGCACGCGAAAGGUAGCGACUGUAUUGGAUGUCUCGCGCAAUUUGGUGCGGCGCUACGGGAGAACAAUCUGCGCCCGUAUCAUUUCCAACGCGUGCAGCAACUUCUCCCAGCAGAUGAGCAGAAGCGCGUCUUUUUCUGUGAAGGUUUACUCAUGCAGUGUCGGCGGGAUAUUUCAUUCCCCGACUGCAUCCUGUGGACGGACGAGUUGACCUUUACACUGAACGGCGUGUUUAAUUCGCGGAAUUUCCUAUUGUGGCAGAAGGAAAAUCCACACGCCGUUCGAGAAGGCGCGUUCCAGUACCGCUGGAGUAUUAAUGUUUGGGCCGGAGUAAUUGCGGACCGAGUGAUCGGUCCGUACUUUUUGCCGCCUCGGCUUAAUGGCGAGAUUUACGCGGAUUUUAUCAAAGAUCCACUCCCAGGGCUACUCGAGGACGUCCCUCUACAGGCACGAGCGGAGUUGAUCUUUCAACACGAUGGAGCUUUUGCGCACUUUAGCCGGCAAGUGCGAGAUACAUUAGAUACGCGUUUCCCGAAAAGGUGGAUAGGUCGAGAUGGUUCGAUCACCUGGCCGCCGCGAUCUCCUGACCUUAAUGUGCUCAAUUAUUUCUUAUGGGGUCACGUUAAGAAUUUAAUCGAACGGUGGCGUGAUGGUAGAGAACAAGAAGUACGUGAGGCAAUUGUCGCGGCCUUCAAUACUAUCACGCCGGGAAUAACGCACCGAGCAACGCGCGAUAUUAAACGAAGAGCCAAAUUUUAUAUGCGAGAAGAAGGACGGCACUUCGAGCAGUUUUUACAUUGAUGCAUUAAUGUACAAUGGAUUAGGCCUCCUGGGGAUACCACUAUAAAAUAGACGCGCCAUGCUAUCUAUCGCUAGGUAGUGUGGAAAGGAUAGCACCGAUAAUCAUCUCCGCGAGGAGAACGCGUGAUGAAAACGUGCAUUUAUAGGGUGGCCGGUUAUAAGCUGCCCACCCGAUGUGUGAAGGUAGAUUGUGUUAAGAUAAACAUAAAAGUCCCAUACCGUGUUGCAAGAUUCGCAAUAAUUAUCGAGUUAUUAAUGACAAAUCUGAGGAGUAGAAACGCGCCGACAUAGCGGGAAGACAAAGGGAAGGACAAUGCGCCGCUAUUCGUUGUUUUAUCUCGUCGGAAUUACGUCUCGCCGCACGCCGCCCACAGUUACUGGGCCGAGUGGGCCGCGCCGUAGCCUGAGCAGCAGCAACGUUUCUCCAAUCUAUGCCGGCGCGCUCCCACUCCUCAAGAUUUCUGUCAUUAAUAACUCGAUAAUUAUUGCGAAUCUCGGUAAACGGUAUGGGACUUUUAUGUUUGUCUUAAUGUAAUCUACCUGUACACUUCAGAUUGUAAAUUUAUA